AUGGCGUCGAAAGCGAGAGAGGACUGGGAAAGGAGGAUUGAAUGUGUUAUGGACUUGUGUACUUCGCUCGACUUUGACGUCCUCUCGCAAUCGUUUAUUCGUCGCGCUUAUGCUAACGUUGGGAACGUUGUGAAUGUCUAUCCAUGGAACACGAAGAAAAACCGCCACUACUACUGCGAAUUUGCGUCUCUGCACGAAGUUGAAGCGGCGAGGAACCUCCCAGUCAUGCGGGGAGUCGUCGCGUCCGCAGCAAGACACGACCCUCAGCACCUGAACAGAUUCAAGCAGCUGGUCGAGGCCAGCAAUCGCUACGCGCCAUACGAGCUUCGGUCCGGUCGAGCAGUGGCAAGCUCACCAACGCGUGACAUACAUGGUCCAUCGACUUCCAAUUCCAAUCAGGCAGCAUCAGAAGUGGACAGGCCUCGAAACGAUCUUGGCCAGGCUCUCGAGGAGGGAGAAAUAAGCGCGUCCGACAGCAUGGCCAAACCAACAAUCACCAUCCCAAUUUUAGGUGAAGCGGUGAGGUUCCCUCUGGGCAAUGUCGCGACGGCAUCAGCAGUCUCCGCCUUGCUGAGCGCGAGUGCUUCAGAACAAUCAUUCGCGCGCAUUCCAUCACCACCACGUCUUCCUCCCUCGUCAGCAUCGCACUCCCAGACUGCGCAAGAGAUGAUCAGCCAGUUAUCCGACCUUCGUGAGAGUUGGAUUCCCACAUCAGUCCACCCAAACGGAAUAAGUGAAAAGUCAGCUAAUCAAUACAGGAUCGAUCCCAAAUUUGACUUUCGUCAUCAUAUCACGAGUGGUCGUUUUUUGAGCUCAGAAGCCAAAGCGGAUGGGUUAGAUGCUCAGUCGUUUGAGCCCACGCCUUUGCAGAGCUAUUUUGCCGACAUCUACGGUAACCUCCAGACAGACCUACACGAAGCAAAAAGAAGAAUACGCGAGCAAGAACUUGAGCUUGAGCGGAUGAAGCUGCUCUGCCAGCGGUACGAGGACGAACUGGCAGAGGCACGCGCCGCUCGCCGAGAUGCCGAAGCCAAGGUGGAUAAGCUCAUGCGCCAGCUCCAGCAAUCGGGUGCGCACACCCUCGAACAGCGCAAGGCGAUCGAGCGGUGCAACUCGUUGCUGGACGUGUCGCGCAGCGAAGUCGAACGUCUUCAAAGGGGUUUCUCGCAGAUUCAAACUAUCUGCGAAGUGUCCCUUGACCAAAAGGCCCUCCUUCCAUCCUCCGCGUAUCCGUCCUCAUAA